AUGGCAGCUAAGCUUCGAUUUAAUUGCACAAACAACAUGGCCGAAUACGAAGCUUGUAUUCUUUGUUUGAAAAUAGCCAUCAACAUGAAUGUUUAUGAGUUAUUGGUCAUUGGAGAUUCAGACCUUUUGAUUCAUCAGGUUCAAGGUGAAUGGGUUGUGAAGAACCCAAAAAUUAUACCUUACGUACAGUAUGUGCAAAAUCUGUGUAAAAGGUUUCGCAAGAUCGAGUUCAAACAUACUUUCAAAAUACAUAAUGAAUUAGACGAUGCUCCUGCCACCAUCACUUCGAUGAGAAAACAUCCGGAUACUGAUUACAUUGACCCGCUGGAUAUAAAGUUGAAGGAACAUCCAGUCCAUUAUACACAUGUUGAAUCAGAACCAGACAAUUUGCCUUGGUAUUUUGACAUAAAGAGGUACUUGGAUGUGUGGAUGCUGUUGAAACUAUUUGUGCAAAAAUUCCAUAAAUGUCAAGUGCACGGUGAUUUGUUACGAGUGCAACCUCACGAGCUUAACGCUAUGAGUUCACCUUGGCCAUUUGUAGCUUCGAGAAUGCAUUUCAUCGGUCCAAUAGAGCCGGCCUCUUCUAAUGGACACAGAUUCAUCUUGGUUGUUAUUGAUUAUUUUACCAAGUGGGUGGAGGUAGCCUCUUACAAGUCAGUAACCAAGAAAGUGGUGGCCAAUUUUGUUCGCAACAAUCUUAUAUGCAGAUUUGGAGUUCCUGAAUCGAUCAUUACUAAUAACGAUGCAAAUCUCAAUAGUCAUUUUAUGAGACAGAUAUAUGAGCAAUUUAAGAUUUUAUAUCGAAAGUCAACUGCUUAUCACCCCCAAAUGAACGGAGUUGUAGAGGCCGCCAACAAGAAUAUCAAAAAGAUUUUGAGGAAAAUGAUUGACAAACAUCGAGGUUGGCCUGAAAUGUUGCCAUACACUUUGCUAGGUUUUCAAACGACGGUCAGAACAUCGACUGGUGUUACUCCAUACUUGCUAGUAUAUGGAACAAAGGCAGUCAUACCCGUUGAAGUCGAGAUACCAUCAUUGAGGAUCAUGCAAGAAGCUGAGUUAAGUAACGCUGAAUGGGUUAGCAAACGGGUUGAUCAACUAGCUUUGAUUGAUGAAAAGAAUGGUUGCCAUCUGCCAUGGCUAGUUAUAUAG